AUGGCAAGCUGGUGGAGGUCCUCGGACGUGGCUGAGAGUCAGGACCUGGAGGAGAACCUGGUGAUGUCUCGGGUGAUUCAGGCUGUCAGCCUGUUUGGAGAUAUCCUGUCAAUCGAGGAAACGAUGGAGCCAUUUUUGACUGAAAUGAGGAGUGAGGAAGAAGAAGAGACUGCAGCAGGUAAAGAGGUGGAGGAAGAAAUGGAAAUGGAGAAGAGAGAGGGACGGGUUCAGCGUCUGGAAGAUGAAAGUGAGACAAAAGGGGGGCAAGUGUGUGAGGACGUGCAAAGAGAAGAAAACAAGGGAGAAGUUGCAGAAGAAAUCAGCUGUGAGCAAGAGGAAAAUGCUGAAUGUCUGGAAAAUGAUUUGGAGACUAAAAAUCAUGAGAAAGAAGAAGUGCGUGAUGAAGAGAGAGAAGAAAAAACAGAAAUAAUAGAGCAAGAAACAGAGGAGAUAAGAGCGCAGAUCAAAGAAGAUGAGGAGAGAGAGAAGACAAGCACAGAAGAAGAAAAAGAGAAAGAAAACACAAACAAAGAGACUGAGGAGAAAGAAAUGAAGAUAGAGGGAGAGAGGGGAGAAAAUGUAAAUGGAGUAGAAGAGGACGAAGAGAGGGGAGCAGAGAGCUUGAGUGGUGGACAGGAUAAAAAAGAGGAGGAUGAACAAAACAAGGAAAAAGAUUUGGUGGAAAGAGAGGAGAAGAAAAAGGAGAUUAUAAAAGAAGAAGAUCAGGCUGAAGGAGUGGAAAAGGAAGAAGAAGGCGAAAUAGAGGAAAGACAAGAACAUAAUAAAGAGAUAGUAGAAGAGCAAACGGUGGCAGAGGAUGGUAAGGAGAGAGUAGAAGAUGAAGAAAAGGAGAUAAAGAAUCAAAGGAAGAAGGAUGAGGUGGAUGAAGGAAAAAGAGAGGAGAGGAAGGAUAAAGAUGAGGAGGAGGAGGAGAAGAAAGAGAAAGAACAACAGACUGAGGAAAUAAGAGAGAAGGAAGUGCAGGAAGACCAAAAAGAGCAAAAAGAGACGAACGAGAACGAAGAAAGUCAGACACAAAAUGAAGAGCUACAACAAAUGAAAGAGGACGAGUUGAAGGAAAAGAUGGGAAAUGAGGAAGAGAAACAAGAACAAAAACAGGUGGAUGAAGAGGAAGAAAUUGAGGUGGAGAGAGGACAACAGGAACAAAUGUCAGAUGAAAAAGAAAGUGAGGUAAAGCAAGAAACUAAGGCGGAGGUUAAAGGAGAAGAGAAGGUAGAAAAUGAAGAAGAACGACAGAAAGAUGGAGAAAAACAAAAGCUGGAAAUGCAGGAAGAAAAGAAAGUGGAGGAAAAAGAGAAACAUCUGGUUGUUGUAAGAGAAGAAGAAACGGAGGCCUGCGUGGGCGGACAAGAAAAUGGAGAAGAAGAAGAAGAACCUGCUGAUGAGCCUGUGGAUCAGCUCCACCACCAAGAACCCCAGAAAUCUGCAUCUCCACCUUGUCCUCAGGAAUCCACUGAAACCCAAAGAGGUGAUGGAGCAGAAACAGAAUCUGGAGCUCAGAGCGAUGAGAAGAACGGCUCAGAUGCUGCCAAAAACCACAACCAGGACAGUUAUCCUGCAUCAGCGGGCAGAGACAAAGAGGAGGAGGAGGAGGAGGUGAAGGGAGCUGAAAGGAGAAGUGUUUCUCUGACAGACAUAAAUCUGCCUUCUGUCCACGCUGGACUGGAUCUGAGGUACCUCACAGACCAGGUGAUACAGCGCUUGGAGAAGCGAUUCUCGACACUGCCGGUGACAUCACUUCCUGCUCCAGACGAUCACUUUGAACUGGCAGAGGAAGCAGGGAACGAAGACACCUGGGAAAUAAUACCUGAUCUACACACAGGUACUCACUAUUGACACAUUAGGCUUAGUGCCACCAGACUCCUGCUUCUUCUGCUUUUAUUGAGCUUAUUUUUUCAGGGCUCAAUCUAUGAUGGAGUUAAAUAUGUAAACAAUACUUCCUUAAGUAACUCAGUCAAGAAGAAUAUUGUGGCUUCCAAAGACUAUUGCACGAAAUCUGGCAUCUAUGAUAAAGAUAGAUUGAUUUAAUCAUCGAUAAUUAAAAUAUGAAUACAGAGAUAUGAUGGAAUUUGAAGUGUAAAAAAGAGUUUCAAUUAUUUUUGGUUGUUUUCUGUCAUCACAAAGAAAAAUGAGCUAAUCCGUAAAACAAGGACAAACAAAUCAGUGGGUGAAAGGAAUUCAAAUGCAUGACAAAACUCAACUUUCACACGUCCAGUCCUUUUGCUUCCCUUUAAUUUCCAACCUCAUCUUAUUUGUUGCUGUGAGAAAUAUAAAAUCUAUCCCCUGGCUAUUUUUUUAAUCUAUUUUGCAGCAGACAGAGGAUCUUACAUAACUGCAGCUAUGAUUGGCUGCAGCACAAUAAUUCACGGUGAAGAUUCAGGCCAGAGAGAUAAUUCAUUCAUUAAGAAUCUAAUUAAAAUUCCACAAAGAUUGCACUCACUGAAUUGCCAAAAGCAAGUGACAGAACCAAUGACAACAAAUGUUUCAACCUUGAAAAAGUUCCCAAUGAAACACAAAGUCACAUUAAAUGUUUGCACUUGCAGAUAAACAGGAUUUGGGGAACAGUCUGGGGAUGUCGAAGAAAGCAGGAGGACCAGAAAGCAAUGAGCCCAGUCCAGCUCAGAACUCACCCAGCAUAGAAAACUCGGUGAUGGAGGUACAGGAGGAGGACGAAGAAAAGGUUGAGGAAGGUAAAAACUCUCACAAGAAGAACUCUGGAGCGGAUGCUGCAGAUGACAAGAAGAAUGGCAGCGGCAGUCAGCCAUCAAAGUACAAAACUGUAUCCUACAGGAGGAUCCGGAGAGGAAACACUCGGCAGAGGAUCGAUGAGUUUGAGGCCAUGAUGGACUCAUGAUCAGGCCUUGUAACCUUUUGUGACCUUGGUCCUGCAA